CGGGAAUACCAUGAACGUCUCACAGUCAGAGGACGAAGUGCAGCAACAGCCGCAGAGGGACGAGUCUGCCGGGGAGAAGUGAAAGUGAUAGAGGCAAAGUCACUUCCAGAGAACAAAGAAAGCCGCAAAAACGUUGCAGAGCUUGUUUUGGGGCACAGAGGGGAACAUUCAGGCAGGUUCAAACCGUAGAGCUGGUGAGCUGUGCUUCCUGUUUCUGAAGUUAACUUCAGUCGCACUUUAAAUGCACUGGAUCCGGUGACAGCCUCGGCGCAAGCACAGCAAGACACGGGACAGCAAUGGAGAAUGGGAAGAGCCGCCUGCAGCAGGCCCAGGAGGAUGUGGAGGAGGUGAAGGUCAUUAUGCUGGACAACCUGAACAAGGCUGAUGAGAGAUCUACUAAACUGGGUGAACUGGAGGACAGGGCUGAUGAGCUGCUGGCAAAGAGUAAAGCCUUUGAAAAGACAGCCAACCAAGUGAAGCAAAAGAAAAGAUGGGAGAACAAGAGGAUGAAAGUGUUUAUUGCCAUCUUUGUAGCGGUUGUGAUACUCAUCAUUCUCAUAGUUUCGAUCUAUCUCAGUGUUGGAUAGUGUGCUCCUUCACUGAUGAAAGUUAAGUAAAAUUUUUGGACUGAAAGACAUGAAGUGUACAAAGAUAAAAAGUCCAGGAAAGGAGGCGUGUAAACUGUUGGACUCGCCUGAACUGCUCAGUCUGUGGUGUUCUGUGUUAGAGAUAUUUAUGGGAGUGUCACUCCCUAUCUUCAUUAGUGUAAGUCUUCAGUUGAUAUGGUACCAUUGAUAGCUCAGCUGCUUCUUGUCUUUUUCUAUCAUUUCUCAAAGGUCAUGUCUCUGCUCGACACACCAGUUCAUAGAGCCACAUAAUGUUGAACCGAUGGAAACAGUGGUUCAAAGUCUUAAAAGUCCUUGAUGGACAUCCACAGAGUAAAACCAGUGCACUGUCCUCCCUGCUGAAACACAAUACUAUGUUGAGACUUUUUCAAUCUGGAUCUAAAUAAAAAGUGCUCAAGCACCACCUCACCACUUUUAGAAAAGCUAUGAAUUACUAAUAUAAUUAACCAUGAAUUUAUUUGGCUGCAACUGUUGCACAAUUUGCUUGUACAUAGUCCUUCACAUUCUGGGGUCAACCUCAAUUUGGGGAGAGUCAAGCAUCAGUGCAAGAAGACAGGAGAGAAAACUGUACAGAUACCAAAUGUGGUAAAAAGAUAAAUUGGAGAGAAUGAACCGAUGUAUUGUAACAUAAAAUUUCAGCUAUCAAAAAUUAAAUGUCACCAAUGUUGUCUGUAUCAUUAAAAUAUGUGUUUUUAAAGAUG